CAGCUUGACCCGCGUCAAUACGCACUUUGAGACGCAUCUGUCAGAGCUGCCAGAAUGACAGUUUUCAUCAAAUUUUGGACUUUAGUCACCAACAUAUUAUGUAUCCCGCUUCAUUUGAUGGACGCUGUCGGCCUGUAUGGAAUUUACAAACGCAUCUUCCCGGUGUGCCAAUAUCGGAUGUCAGUGAAGUACAACGAGAAAAUGCACGAGAAGAAGCAGGAGCUGUUUCGUAGUCUCUCCGAGUUCAAGAAACCUGGCGGCCGACUCUCAGUCUUAGAGUUCGGCUGCGGCUCCGGGACUAAUUUCCAGUAUUACCCGGCGGGCAGCAGGGUGAUCUGCACUGACCCCAACCCGCACUUCCAGAAAUACCUGAAGAAAAGCAUGGAGGAGAACGGCCACCUGACGUAUGCGAAGUUUGCCGUGGCAUCGGGGGAGGACAUGGGGGCGAUUGAGGACGAGUCGGUAGACACGGUGGUCUGCACCCUGGUGCUGUGCACGGUGAACGACGUGCAGCAGACCCUGCGCGAGGCACACCGGAUACUGCGACCAGGUGGAGGCUUCUUUUUCAUGGAGCACGUGACUGCGGACCCCUCCACUUGGUUGCACUUCUUCCAGCAUGUUCUCCAGCCCCUAUGGUUCUACUUUGGCGAUGGGUGUAUGAUCACCCGGGAGACAUGGACAUAUCUGGAGGAAGCCGGAUUCUCGAGUCUCAAACUGAGCCACAUCGAAGCACCAUUUAUCCAACUUAUCAAGCCGCACAUCAUGGGCUAUGCUGUGAAAUAGUCCUCCAUCACAACCAGUGUGUGGAUAUGUGAAGAAUGGAUUAAAUCUAUUUCAUGUGACAGUCAUCAGUGACAGAUGGAGAACCACUCACUUAAAUACAAGUUUUUUUGUGUUUUAAUUGCAAGAAAACCUUUAGUAUAAAAAAAAAGCUAAUUUACAUAUUGAUAUGGUAAAAACAUUAUUUUUGUUGGUUUGCUGGUCAUGCUUCAUCCCCAGCCUGUUUACUGAGAAACUGUAAUGAACUAAACUCUUGGGGUUGAUCAGUGCUUUUCUGUGUUGGACUAACUUUUGCCAUGUAUGAUGUCCAAACUGACAUAUUGCUGUGAUUAAUGUCAUUAAAACGGUUCAUCCUGC